UCUCCCUCCCACAAUGGAUCAAAUACAGCACACGCACGUUGAUGCAAGAGGAGUGAAACUUCACAUAGCUGAAAUUGGAACAGGUUCGUCAGUGGUUUUAUUUCUCCAUGGUUUUCCAGAGAUAUGGUAUUCAUGGAGAUAUCAAAUGAUUGCAAUCGCCGAUGCUGGAUACCGUGCAAUUGCGCCUGAUUUUAGGGGAUAUGGACUAUCUGAACACCACCCAGAACCUGAAAAAGCAUCCUUCAAUGAUUUUGUUGUGGACACCAUAGCCAUUCUUGAUUAUUUUCACAUUGACAAGGCUUUCCUCAUCGGGAAAGACUUUGGAUCCUGGCCUGUUUAUCUGCUCUCCCUUCUCCAUCCAACAAGGAUUCUUGGAGUUGUGUCGUUGGGUGUGCCUUUCUUUGUUCCUAGGCCUCAAAGGUACCGGGACCUUCCUGAAGGUUUCUACAUUUCCAGGUGGAAGGAGCCUGGAAGAGCGGAGGCUGACUUUAGGCGUUUUGAUGUGAAAACCGUCUGGCGAAACAUCUAUAUCCUCUUCUCAAGAAGUGAAAUUCCUGUGGCAGAGAAAGACAAGGAGAUUAUGGAUUUGGUUGAUCCAUCUAACCCACUUCCAGCAUGGUUAAACGAUGAAGAUUUCACAAUAUAUGCUAAAGCAUAUGAAAAUUCUGGAUUCAGUUCUCCAAUGCGAGUCCCUUACAAGAGACUGCCCGAAGAAUUCACCAUAGAAAAUCCGAAAGUGGAGGUGCCGGUGCUUCUAAUCGUGGGUGGAAAGGACUAUUUCCUCAAGUUCCCCAGUAUUGAAGACUAUGUAACAAGCGGAAAAGUGAGAGACUAUGUUGCUGACCUGGAGAUAGAGUUCUUGCCGUAUGGAACACAUUUCAUGCAAGAGCAAUUCCCAGACAGGGUGAAUCAGGCAAUUAUCAACUUCCUUGACAGGCAUGUGGGAUCAAGCACGUGAAGUCAAGCCAUUUUUU